AUGUCUACAUGUAGCAAACUUUAUUCCAUAUUAAAAUCACCAGAUAAAUUGAAAGUACCAUUCACUGAUUCACAUGGGGAUAAAAAACCUAUGGUCCCAGCUAAACGUUCACAUUCAGAUGGUAUUCUCUGGCAAUGUUGGGAAUGUGGAAAGUCUUAUGAAACAGGAUUUCGUUUGUCGGAACACCUUCAAAAUUGUAAAAAAGAUGAUGAAAUUUAUGAACAACUACCUGGUUGUCCAUAUUGUCCUCGUGUAAUGAAUCAAACCAAUGAUGCACCAUUUCAUAUUCAUUCAUUCAAUACACAUGUACAUAGAUUUCAUCCAGAAAUUAAGUCUUUUAUGUGCAGUUAUUGUAUGAAUAUAAUUCAUUCAUCUAAAAUUCAAGAUUUAAUAUCUCAUAUUAUUAAUACUCAUAAAAUACCAUGGAGGCCAUCACCAGCUUCAUUGGCACAUUUACGAGAAAAUCAAUUACCUCAUCGAGUUGUUACUUGUUUAGGCUGUGGUUGGUGUACAUUUGUAUUACGUGCUAAUAAUGCAGCACAACCACCGACAUCAUUGGAAGCACAUAUGAAUCGAUGCUCAUUUAAUGGUGGACAAGUUUAUUUAACACGUCUCUCUGAGGAGAUUUAUAUGUCUGCAUUAGAAAAAUAUAAAGCUGUACAAGAAUCUGAAGUGAUUAGUGCUAAUUUUGCUCAAUGUUUUCCACAUGUUAGAGGAUUUAUUGGUAAUACUGGUUUAAGUCAUCAUAGUCCAUUUCGUUUUCAUCGUUAUUCUGGUAAUAGUGCAACAUCUCGUCAAACAACCGAUCAUGAAGCUGCUGGUGGUGGUGGUGAUACACCGAAAUCUACCAAUAAUAAUAAAAUUAGUCGUCUCUCUAAAGAUCAUAACACCAUUGUUAAUAAUACUACUAAUAAUAAAAAUACUAUUACAAUUAGUAAUGCCAAGAAAUUAUCAUUAAAACAACAAAAAUCUAAACUGGGACCAAUUAUAGAACAGUCAAAUAAUAAUUUUCAACAAAAUGAAACAUUCUUUGAUAUUCCAUUGACAAUUCCACCUCCUCCUGCAUCACGUACUGCUGCUGCCGCUGCCACUGGCGCCGCUGGUGCUAAUACUAGUACGCUGACGACGACGACGCCAACGACAACGAAUCAAAAGAAAAAAUCCACUAUGAAUCGUUUAUUUGUCUGUCCAUUAUGCGGUGAUAAUGCAUUGUCUAGUCUACGUGAACGUGAUGAACAUUUACAAUCAUCACAUAAUGGUGAAUUGGUGUUUCCUUGUCAGAUUUGUGGAAUGGCCUAUCCACUCUAUAUUGCUCUACGUCGACAUGCUGCCCUACAACAUGAUUCCGAUUUUGAUACAGUACGUUAUGGACCAUCAGAUUUAUUGGAUUGUGAACCAAUCGAAUGUCCAGAAUGUCAUCUUGUAGCUUUUCAAGAUUCACUUGUAUUAAAACUACAUAUUAGUUUAGUACAUAAGAAAUUACAACAAACCAUGACACUUAAUUCUAGUGAUGAUUCACAACCAAUUGAAGAUUCCGAUUUAGACACAACGUCGAAAUCAUUAAAAACCACCAAUAAAACCAAAUCGAGUUCAUCAUCAUCUAUAAAUCAAAAGAAACCGACCAACUUGAAAACAAUUCGUCGUCGUUCCACUGCUACAAUGAAUCGUUCACGGACUAAUCAAUCAAAGUCGGCGACCAAAUCAAAAAUCAAACGAAAACUAUCGAUUAUAAGUGGUGGUGGUGCUGGUGCUGGUGGUGGCGAGUCAGAAAUCGAUACGAAUCGAUUACCGAAUGAUGUGACAUCAUCAUCAUCGUCAUUACAAGAUGGUAGUAGUAGUGAAUUUGAACGUAUGCUAAGCUCCAUUGAUGGUACAUUUGCUCCAGCUUCUUGUCGAUAUUGUCGUCUUGAAGUGGAUAAUUUGAAAGAAUUACAUCUUCAUUUAGAAUUGGAACAUUUAAAUCCAGAUAAUGAUAUUGAACAGUUAGGUUGUCAAGCAUGUGGUCGAGUAUUCUUUGGUUCAGGUGGUCGAAUUGAUUUGAUUGGACAUUUACGUGCGCUGCAUCAAGAUGAUUAUUUACAAAAUGUAUUAAAAUGUCCACGUGUUGAGAAGGCAGGACAAGAUACUACUACAACUACACCCAAUGAUGUCAACGAUACUACUACUACUAGUCAUCAUGAAUCCACCAAGUCAUCAUGUAAAGCACAUUUCUCUUCACCACGUCUACGUCAAUUGCAUAUUUCUAUGGCUAAUAACAAUAUCAGCAACAACAACACUAGUAGUAGUGGUAGUACAUUGUCCAACUCAACAUUUACCUGUCCUAUUGUAUUUAAUGAAAAUACAUUUUCAUUAGAUUCAAUUAAAAAUUUAAUAUUGAACACAGAAAUUGCAGCUGAUCAAAGUGGUAUUAUGAUAUUGGCAUUUUGUUGUCCAAAUUGUUCACGUCUAUUUGUUGGAGAUAAUGUGCAUACUAGAUUUGAAUCACAUCGUAGUACAUGUGAAACGGCAGUCACAACUACCACCAGUGAUAAUGUGGAAGAAGAAGAAGAGUCAAUACAUCCUAUGGAAUCUGAUCAAAGUGUUGCUUCUAGUCCUCCAGCAGAUAAUGCUGAAGUUUCUGAAUCACUGCAUUGUUCCACUGUCGAUUUACCUUUAGAAUCUCAGGAAAUUUCUAAAACACCAAAUAACAAUGAUGAUAACGAUGUAUGCGUUGCCGAGAAUCAAGCUACAUGA